AUGGUGUUUUCCGGACCAGGACAAAGCGCUCGGAAAGCUCUGGAUGUGGUCUUUCCUGUGAAUAGCCCCGACUACAGUCCCCCGACAGUCCCCCGACAGACCCCCGACAGUCGCCCGACAGUCCCCCGACAGACCCCCGACAGACCCCCGACAGACCCCCGACUACAGUCCCCCGACAGUCCCCCGACAGACCCCCGACAGUCCCCCGACUACAGUCCCCCGACAGUCCCCCGACAGUCCCCCGACAGUCCCCCGACAGUCCCCCGACAGUCCCCCGACAGACCCCCGACAGUCCCCGACAGUCCCCCGACAGUCCCCCGACAGUCCCCCGACAGACCCCCGACAGUCCCCCGACUACAGUCCCCCGACAGACCCCCGACAGACCCCCGACAGUCCCCCGACAGUCCCCCGACAGACCCCCGACAGUCCCCCGACUACAGUCCCCCGACAGACCCCCGACAGUCCCCCGACUACAGUCCCCCGACAGACCCCCGACAGUCCCCCGACAGUCCCCCGACAGUCCCCCGACAGUCCCCCGACAGACCCCCGACAGUCCCCCGACUACAGUCCCCCGACAGUCCCCCGACAGACCCCCGACAGACCCCCGACAGACCCCCGACAGUCCCCCGACAGACCCCCGACAGUCCCCCGACAGUCCCCCGACAGUCCCCCGACAGACCCCCGACAGUCCCCCGACAGACCCCCGACAGUCCCCCGACAGACCCCCGACAGUCCCCCGACAGACCCCCGACAGUCCCCCGACAGACCCCCGACAGUCCCCCGACUACAGUCCCCCGACAGACCCCCGACAGUCCCCCGACAGACCCCCGACAGUCCCCCGACAGUCCCCCGACAGUCCCCCGACAGACCCCCGACAGUCCCCCGACAGUCCCCCGACAGACCCCCGACAGUCCCCCGACAGUCCCCCGACAGACCCCCGACAGUCCCCCGACAGUCCCCCGACUACAGUCCCCCGACAGACCCCCGACAGUCCCCCGACAGUCCCCCGACAGUCCCCCGACAGUCCCCCGACAGACCCCCGACAGUCCCCCGACAGACCCCCGACAGUCCCCCGACAGUCCCCCGACAGUCCCCCGACAGACCCCCGACAGUCCCCCGACAGACCCCCGACAGUCCCCCGACAGUCCCCCGACAGUCCCCCGACAGACCCCCGACAGUCCCCCGACAGUCCCCCGACAGUCCCCCGACAGACCCCCGACAGUCCCCCGACAGACCCCCGACAGUCCCCCGACAGACCCCCGACAGACCCCCGACAGUCCCCCGACAGACCCCCGACAGUCCCCCGACAGUCCCCCGACUACAGUCCCCCGACAGUCCCCCGACUACAGUCCCCCGACAGUCCCCCGACAGUCCCCCGACAGUCCCCCGACAGUCCCCCGACUACAGUCCCCCGACAGUCCCCCGACUACAGUCCCCCGACAGUCCCCCGACAGUCCCCCGACAGUCCCCCGACAGACCCCCGACAGUCCCCCGACAGUCCCCCGACUACAGACCCCCGACAGUCCCCCGACAGUCCCCCGACAGACCCCCGACAGUCCCCCGACAGUCCCCCGACAGUCCCCCGACAGACCCCAGACAGUCCCCCGACAGACCCCCGACAGUCCCCCGACAGUCCCCCGACAGUCCCCCGACAGACCCCCGACAGACCCCCGACAGUCCCCCGACAGUCCCCCGACUACAGUCCCCCGACAGUCCCCCGACUACAGUCCCCCGACAGUCCCCCGACAGUCCCCCGACAGUCCCCCGACAGACCCCCGACAGUCCCCCGACAGUCCCCCGACUACAGUCCCCCGACAGUCCCCCGACUACAGUCCCCCGACAGUCCCCCGACAGUCCCCCGACAGUCCCCCGACAGUCCCCCGACUACAGUCCCCCGACUACAGUCCCCCGACAGUCCCCCGACAGUCCCCCGACAGUCCCCCGACAGACCCCCGACAGUCCCCCGACAGUCCCCCGACUACAGACCCCCGACAGUCCCCCGACAGUCCCCCGACAGACCCCCGACAGUCCCCCGACAGUCCCCCGACAGUCCCCCGACAGUCCCCCGACAGACCCCCGACAGUCCCCCGACAGACCCCCGACAGUCCCCCGACAGACCCCCGACAGUCCCCCGACAGUCCCCCGACAGUCGCCCGACAGACCCCCGACAGUCGCCCGACAGACCCCCGACAGUCCCCCGACAGACCCCCGACAGACCCCCGACAGUCGCCCGACAGACCCCCCGACAGUCGCCCGACAGACCCCCGACAGUCCCCCGACAGACCCCCGACAGUCGCCCGACAGACCCCCGACAGACCCCCGACAGACCCCCGACAGUCCCCGACAGACCCCCGACAGACCCCCGACAGUCCCCCGACAGACCCCCGACACAGACCCCCGACAGUCGCCCGACAGACCCCCGACAGUCCCCCGACAGACCCCCGACAGUCGCCCGACAGACCCCCGACAGACCCCCGACAGUCGCCCGACAGACCCCCGACAGUCGCCCGACAGACCCUCCUCCGGCGCCUCUCGUCUCAAAAAAAAGAUUUAAAAAACUAG